AUGUCCAAUUCUUGGAGUAUAGAUCAAGUGAUAGCUAGUAUUGAAACUUUAUACUCCAGUAAUGAUUCAACCCAGAUCAGAGGCAUACAGGAUCAAUUACAAGUCAUCCAAAGGUCUUCCGAUGGCUAUAAGUUAGCACAAUUACUCCUACAACAGCAAUCCAAAAGUUGCAAAUACUUUGGUGCAUUGACCUACACUGUUUUCAUCAACACUCACCUCGGACCCAAAAUCACAGUGGAUGUGCAAGAUUUACAACAAUUCUUCUCGGAGUUGUUCGAUCAUAUCCUUUUGCUUUCUAGCGUAACAGAUAGAAGUGAAUUUGAAGGGAAUUUGUUUGUGAUAAAAAAGUUACUAAGUAAUGUAUCACUUCUAUUCACGAAUCAUUUUUAUGCUUCUACCGAUCCUAUAGAACAAUUAUUCAGUAAGUUUGGUCACUCGAACUUGCAAUCCUUGGGAGAAGUUCAGGUGUUACUACUUUUCCUUAUGAACUCAAUUCUUGUGGAAGAUAUCAGCAAGCGGGAUGAAUCUUCUCAAGAAUUGCACCAAGUCAUAUAUGAUUCUAUUUUCAUCAAAUUCAAUGAGUUAUUAAAAACCGUUUCAUCGACAAAUGCGUCGAGACAAAUCAAAGCCGCAAUGUUGGACGGUAUCAAUGCUUGGGUAAUUUACAUUAGCAAUGCAGAAGCGAACUCAAAACAACGUUACACUCCAAACGACGUACAGCUAUUAAUUCAAAUCUUAAUAUCUCAAAUUGAUCAUACUGAAAGAAUUGAAGAUGAGGACUUCGAGUUAUUUAACAAAAUUUUUACAAUCUUGACAGAAAUAAUAGAGACCAAUCCACGCAUUUUGGCAGAAGUUAAACCCUUGAUAAAUUCAAUCUUAUUCGACGAGGGCCAAUUCGGUUUAUAUUUCAUUGAGCACUAUAUUCUUAAUAAGGAUGAGUAUGAAGAACAUACGAUGGAGAUUGAAAAUUUCAUCAAUUUAUUGAUCGCAUUUUUGAAUAUGAUCAUAGUACAUUUAUCUAGGAACAUUGUUAAUGAUUCUGUAUACAGAAUUGUGGAAAUUGCCUUGAAUUUAUCUGGUAUACCGGGAAAUCCGACUGCGGAUGAAGCGAUAAGUGAGCUCUUCUUGGGUUUUUGGGAAGAGAUCAUCAACAUAUACAUCGAUGACUCUAGUGUGGUCAAAGAAUUAUUAAAAGAGAAUUAUGAUGAGUUUUUGAUCAGAAGGAAUGAGCUUUUGAUUCGGAUCAGUAAUAUUUAUUGGACGAAAUGCAGAUAUUUUAGAGGGGCAUCAAACGAGUUUGUUCAUUAUAGACUACAGGUAUCCGACUUGUUCAACUUUUUGUACUCGUUACUCAAUACUCAGUUAUAUUCCAAUCUUUGCCAAAGUAUACUAUCUAACCUACCCAAUGCUCAAGAAAUACUGACGCAUUCUGAUCUUGAGGCCUCAAUUUAUUUGCUCUACAAGAUUACUGAUGACUUGACCUUUUAUGAUGAUGACACUACGCAGGAGCUAAUCCCAUUCAUAGAACAAAUGUUCAGCAACAAUUUGAUUGAAGUCUUUGAAAAAAUUUCAGAUUCAAGCAGGCAGAUUCAGAUGAGCCUACUCAAUUUUCUUUCGGCUAUUCCAUUUUUCUUCAAGACUGAAAUUGGAACCCAGUAUUUGACUUCAACUUUCAAUUUUUUAUUCUCAAUCAUCUUGAGUCAAGGAAAAGAAUCAAAAAAUGUGUCUUUGAUCGCUUCCAAAACUGUUCUAAAGAUUUGCCAGGAUUCGAAACAAAGUUUGAUAGUGUUCUUGCCUAACAUCAAUGUGAUAUUGAUGGCAAUGAUUAAGAAUAUUGAGGUAGACAAUUUAAUAAGAGAAAGAUUGGUAAAUUCAUAUAUUUCAAUUGCCCACUCAAUGAAGAACCCAGAGAAGUUUGGAGAAGUCGUUUCGGCCUUGUUACUCGGGAUCAACGAAGCAUCUAUCAAUGUUAUGGACAACAUUGACACAUUAAUAGCUCUGGAAACAGCGCUGGAAAACAUUGAAGAUUACAUAAUCAGUUUGUUAUCUUGUGUUAACGAGGUUGGUAAAGCCUCACAACUACCGGAAGAUUUGNAAGAUUACCUAACUCCAAAUGAAAUUUUGGCAACUAACGAAUACUGGGCUGGGGAUUCCUUGGAGAUUAAACCUUUGAUAAUCUCGAUAAUUAAUCGAUUCGCAUUAUCCUUCCCUCCAAUAGUCAACAAUACUUUGGUGACUGAAAAAUGUUGCAAUAUAUUGAAAAGUGGGUUAAGUGAGCCUAUUAAUGGCCCAUUUAAUUUCGAAUUGGAUGUGAUUUUGAAUUUUCUAAUAGUGAAAUUUAAUCUGUGCAAUUUACCUUCGGUACCUUAUAUUUUUAAAUUGCUCGAAACUGUUGUCAUUACGAAAGCAAAAGUCUUAACAUCUGAAAUGAUUGAUCAAUUAAUCUCUCAGUUAUUUCUUACAAAGCCAUCUAUUUUUAUCGAAGAUAUUGAUUUAAUGAAAGCAUCAAUAGAAUUCUUCUCGACAAUCUUAGAAAAAGUACCAGGCUUGUUGGUACAUUUAUCAGUUUUUGAGUCGCAGAUUCUAGAAUUUGCUCUUUUGAGUCUUCAAUACCAUGAAGCAUUUCUAGUGAAGUCUGUUGCGAAGUUUUGGACUAACGUUAUUACAUUGAAAAAAGGAAACAUUUCCGAUCAAGAGAGAAUUUUGUGGUUAAUGGACAACUUGAUUAUAAAAGGGAGCCCUUUGAAUUACUGUGUUGUCGAAAAAUUGCUAAGCUCAUUUUUGGAUAGUCCCAGGUCCAAUCUAGAUUACUAUUACCCAAUAUUUAGGUGUUUGAUUGUAAAACACCCACUUCUGUCAAAAAGAAGUUUGAAGGCUAUUGUGGAGUCAUUAAUCAAGACUAAUGAGAAAAUUUCUCAGAAUGGCGCUGAUCAGUUUUUGAACAAGCUUAUGUUGACCAGAGGCCAACGUCAAGCAAAUGAUGUGUUGAAAAGAUUCUGGCUAGAAUACAACGGAAUGAUUGAUUACAGCUCUUAA